GGCACCUGCCAGUCAGUUCGGGCAGAAAUCUCUCAUUUUACGAUCGUUCGUCAACAUAAAUUGUUGUACUAAAUUCAAAGAAACGGAGUCCGCUUUUCAAGACGCGAUUGAAGUGAGCACAUAGCACCCCAACAUUAGGCGAUUAAAUUAUUCGUAAGCCCAGUGGAUCUGCAAAAUCGACACCAAAUGGAAGCCGUCGAGGGUCAGAGCCUGGUCAUCAAGAUGACCCAGAAGAACAAGGAGACGCAGACAGUGAAGUUGGGAACAGGCGCCGCACUGGGCGACAACUGGUACAACCCGGCGGCCUACGGAGCGGGGGCUGCCCCCUUCGGGGCUCCCCCAUUGACGCCUCCGCCGGCGCCUCCGCACCACGCCGUCUCGUGCCAGUUCUACAUGGACCGCGAGGAGCAGCUGUACCGCCGCGCCUGCCAGAUGAAGGGCAUCCGCGUGGAGCGGCUGAACGAGAUCCGCGAGAAGGAGGACGACUCGAACGGGUCCGAGGAGGAGCCCCCGAAGGGCAUCCGCUACCGCUACACCCUGGACGAGAUGAAAAGCUACAACCCCUACCGCUACAUCAACUUUUGAGAGCCGCCUCGCAGCAGCCGCAGCCCCACCCACAUCCACCGAA